AUGUCUGUUCAACAAACUCCAACUAACGGCUUAACUGGUAAAAUCUCUGGGUUAGAUGUUACCACCUCUGAUAAUAAGGGCAAAUCAUUAACUGAUAAAUUAGCUGCUGAAGCUGAAGCUAAAGAUCUCGCUGGUUCUGAUCCAACUAUUGGUAAGAAUGCUAUUGUUAAUCCUUUGACUCCAUCUACUCCUGCUGAUGAUAAAGAAGUUGAAAAAGAAUUGGAAGAAGCUACCAAUGAACAUGCUAACUUUUUAGCACAACAUAAAGUUCAUCGUCAUAAGUUAAAAGCUUUAGAAAAAGAUGAACCAUUACUUAUUGAAAAUACUCGUCGUUUUGUUCUUUUCCCAAUUAAAUAUCAUGAAGUUUGGCAAAUGUAUAAAAAAGCCGAAGCUUCCUUUUGGACUGCUGAAGAAAUUGAUUUAUCAAAAGAUAUGCAUGAUUGGACUAACAGAUUAAGUGAUAAUGAAAGAUUUUUCAUUUCCAGAAUUUUAGCCUUUUUCGCUGCUUCUGAUGGUAUUGUUAAUGAAAAUUUGGUUGAAAAUUUCUCUGCUGAAGUUCAAAUUCCUGAAGCAAAAUGUUUUUAUGGUUUCCAAAUUAUGAUGGAAAACAUUCAUUCAGAAACUUAUUCUCUUUUAAUUGAUACCUAUAUUAAAGAUCCAAAAGAAGCUGAUUUCUUAUUUAAUGCCAUUGAUACUAUUCCUUGUAUUAGAAAGAAAGCUGAUUGGGCUUUAAGAUGGAUUUCUGAUGAUGACGCUUUAUUCGGUGAAAGAUUGGUUGCUUUUGCUGCUGUUGAAGGUAUUUUCUUCUCUGGUUCUUUUGCUUCUAUCUUUUGGUUAAAGAAAAGAGGUAUGAUGCCUGGUUUAACUUUUUCAAAUGAAUUAAUUUGUCGUGAUGAAGGUUUACAUACUGAUUUUGCUUGUUUAUUAUUCUCUCAUUUAGAAAAUAGACCCGAUCAAGUCAUUGUUGAAAAAAUUAUUACUGAAGCUGUUACUAUCGAAAAAGAAUUCUUCACUGAUGCUUUACCAGUUUCCUUAUUAGGUAUGAAUGCUAAAUUGAUGUGUCAAUACGUUGAAUUCGUUGCUGAUAGAUUAUUGGUUGCUUUAGGUAACGAAAAAGUCUAUAACGUUACUAAUCCUUUUGAUUUUAUGGAAAAUAUUUCCUUAGCUGGUAAAACUAACUUUUUCGAAAAAAGAGUUAGUGAUUAUCAAAAAGCUGGUGUUAUGGCUAGUACUACUGAAAGUGCUAGUUCUAAUACUGGAUUCUCCUUUGAUGAAGAUUUUUAA